GAGCCGUAAAUAAAAAGGAAAAAUUGAAACAAGAGUUGGUAUAAAAACUGCGUUAAACGUUGUUGCUGCCUGCUGCGUCUUCGCCUUGCUUUUAGUUUUUAGGUUUUUUUUUUUUUCAUUUUGUUUCCGGGGCGGUAGGUUGGAGUUGGGCAUUAUUCGUAGGUCGAGAAUGUAGGCCCGGCCCAAAAGGUUGUGGUAAUUCGACUGCCGCCAUUGAAGUUGGCACCGAGGAAGACAGGCAGCUUAUGACUCACUCGACCGUUUUUUUUUUCUUCGUCUCGAGUCCUGCUUCUUCCUGCUCCACCGAGAAAAGAAAACUCUCUUUAACUAAAAUAUGCCUCGAGAACAGGUACUUCCCCAUCAAGGGACCAAUUCCCGGCUCCGCUCGCUCCUCUUCUUCUUCCACUGCCCUUAAACCUUCCAAGGUGAUAAAGCCAUGUAGGAAAACUGGAGUAAGAACCUUGAAGCUGCUUCAGGUUAGGGAGAUAUUUGGUAAUGUAAUUUCUUCAAAUAAAGGAAAGCGCAACUUUAAGGAGGAGUUCAGAAAGACACAAGUGUCCCAUCCAAAGGUUUGGAAAUAUUCUGGAACAGAGAAGAUAGGUGACUCUGCUUUGGAGCGAAUACACGUUGACGUUCAAACACAGGAGGGUCAAACCAAAACAGAUGUUUUAUUAACAGGUGGCAUAAAUGGAUCCUUAAGUAUUUCUGAAAUUGGAAAAGUUCAACCAGAGUUUGAUUACGGAGUACAAUGCGUUCCAGAUUGUGUAUGGCCUACAAUUGAAGGAAAUCAAACACAUUAUAGAAGAGAUCCUGAACGUAUAUGGAGAGACACAAGAGCUUCAUUGCAAAUGUCAUCUAAGAUAUCUUGUAUGAAAGUCUUUAGAAAGAACUUGCCUUUACCAAUAGAAGAUGGUGGUGGUAUCCAACAUGCAUUGAUAUCUACAUUGGGAUCGAUGAGAUACGGUGGAUCUCUGUGUCUUCUCAAUCUUGUUGAACCCUUGGAUUUCGAUCCAACUGCUCUUUUCAUAAGGCGAAGGAUACAAGAAGUUGCAACUUUUGACUGCACCAUUUGGGCUGCAGAUUGUGGAACUAAUGGCAAUCGAGCAGUGAUUGGAACCAAUCUGGGUGCCGCUUUAGUAGAUGUGGAAACUGGAAUGACAUCAUGGGUGCUGCGCAGUAAAAGUGAUGUUUUGGCACAACAACUUGUUCACUCAGGAAAUGUUGUCUUAUGUGGGCUUAGAAAUGGGGCAAUCAUUACCGUGGAUGCUCGUGAGAAACAAGAAGGAUCUUCUGCUAGGCUUGUCAGGCAUCGUAUAUCAAAUUCGCCUUCAGAUAAUACUGUUGGAAAAUCAAGCAAACGAUGGUUUAAGCUUUCUGGAAAUAUAAAUACUUCUGACACGAUUAAAUUGCCUUCAUCUAUCUCCUGUUUGGUAUCACUUCAGUUUGAUGACCAGUACUUCCUGGCAAGUUCCAUGGAUGGAUCGGUAAAGCUUUAUGACCAUCGCCUAGUCCAAAGAGGGGCUAUCCAAUCUUAUGAGGGACAUGUUAAUUCUCAUUCCCGCAUACAGCUUGGAGUCGACCCAUUGGAGAGAUUUGUCAUGUCAGGAGGAGAGGACUGUUACUUGCGGCUUUGGAGUAUCAAGUCAGGUGAGCUGCUCUUUCAAGAUAAAUUCUCCGACUCCAUCCUUUCAACCGUGUGCUGGCGCAGGGAAGGGCCAUCAGUAGCUUUGUUGAGCGGGAAGAAUGAAACGAAUAGCGUUAGUGGCUACUUUGAUGAGGAGAGUUAUGGUGCGGGGGCAUGGCUUGGCUCACACGAAGGACUGUUUUACUUGCAGUGGUAAUAACAAAAAUGCCCAACAAAAAAAAGCUACCGAGUUCAUUACGAGGCGACUUGUUUUGGAGAAGGGCUGUUUUCAAGAAGGGCUGAUUUACGGUGUGUAGAGCUAAGAAGUUAUGCUCUACUGACGUUUUAUGUUUAUGGCAGCGCCCAGCAGACUUGGGGUUUGUUAUUGGGGCGGGCAUUAUCACCGCGCAAAGCGGAUGAUAGGAGAUUAGCGAAGGAUAUGCACAGAUAACAAGCUUUACCAGUGUAAAGAGUACAUAGUGGCUUUUAUUUUAUUUUAUUAUUAUUAUUUUUUUUUUUGUGGUUCCUUUUCUUCUCCUGUUUAUGGUAGGAACGGCCAAAAAAGGCCUACAUGCUCAUGUUUGGUAA